AAUAAUUAAUAUCUUAUUCAAACAAAUAAUCCAAAAAAUAAAUACAAGUCCAAUCCACAAACCCUUAAAGACUUCAAAUGUAAAAACAAUUAAUAAUCAGAUCUUAUUCAAAUAAACCAUCAACACAAAACCCUCAUAGAUAGAUGGUAAUUUUGUAAUAUUACAAUAUUACAGGCUUCUAGACAAAAUUAGUUCUACUUUGUUGAGCGUGAAGCUAGGGAGGUGUGCAGGCUCGCCAGAGCUCCCAAACCUCUAGUUGUCCGACCGCUAUUCCAGUUACAAUCAUCACUUUCCCCAUUACCAAAAACUCCCUUACCCUUAACAUGCAUUGAGCCUCACAUGAUCGUCUCUGCUUCUGCCUCUAAUGGUUCCUGUCCUUUUUCCCCUCUUGGUAGCUUUUCUUUCCCCACUUCCCUUUCCACGGAAGCCCAUUUUGCCUGCAAAAAUCAGUUUUAUUUGCUAAUUCCCCUUAACCCCACCCCAUUAAGUUUUGUGUUUUGUUAUAGCAAAAAAGCUUUGUUAAAAGUUUCCAUCUUGUUGCUUAACAGGAGCUAAUUGCACAGAUCUAUUACCUUGAUACCUCUUCUUUUGAAGAUUACACCUGAUUUUGUGAUGCAAGUUUCUUGUUUUUCUUAUAAAAAUUCAUACCCAGGUUUUCUUUUCUCCAUUUUGUUCUGGUGCUAUUAAGCAAAGAUGUUUCAGUUGUUUCUACUCUCAUAUAAAGAACAACUAGGUUUCAAUGCCAAAAGGUUUCUUUUUUAUUUCUGCUUGAAUCUAUGGAUCUAUAGGCUCUAAACCUGCCACCCCUUUUUCUUCUGAAAAUAGAGCUAGCCUCUGUGGCUGGGUAUUGUCUGUUGAAACAGAGAUGAUUCAGUUGUUAUACUUAGUUCUCUUUGCUGAGGGAGUUGUGGCAUUCUUAUUACUGGUAAAGGUUGGUCCCUUGAGAGAGUUGACGAUAAAGAGCUUGGAUCAGCUGAGGAUGGGAAGGGGUCCAGUUAUGAUAGUGACCGUUGCUUGUACCAUGUUUGCUAUUCUCAUUUCAAGUGUUAUGAGUAUUUUUAAGAUCCAAAACAAGGGUGCAAAGCUUGGCACCAUGUCACCUAUGGAUCAAGUUCUAUGGAGAACCCAUUUGCUAGAGGCAUCACUCAUGGGUUUUACUCUAUUUCUUGGAUUCAUAAUUGAUCGUAUGCAUCACUAUCUUAUAAAUCUGAUUGGGUUGAGAAACAGCAUUGGAUCUUCAAAAGAGGAAGUUGAAAGGCUUCAGAAAGAGAAAAUGGAGCUUAAUGAGAAGGAAGAGACAGCUUACAAGGAAAUAAAAGUACUAAAGGAACAAAUUGCUGCUCUAUCUGAGAAUUUGAAGAAGCUGAAGUUAGAAAAUGAAGAGAAGGACAAGCAGAUUGAAACUGCAGAAGCCCAUGUUGUUUCUCUUCAAAAACAAUCUGCUGACCUAUUACUUGAAUAUGAUCGUUUGUUAGAAGACAACCAAAAUCUCCAGGCUCAAGGUCUGGGAUACAAGAGCUGAGGAAAUUUUGAAAGUAAUUCAGGACUUAUAAAGUUUUAUGAAGUAUUUGCGCUGAUGUUUUUGCAGAAAACAUCUCCAUUUCUUGAAAAUGGCUUGUAAUUGAAGCACCUUAAUUGAGGAGAAGGCAGCAAUGCGAGUUCGCAGAGGAUGGCUUCGAAGGAUCAGAAAUUUUGUAAUUCUUCAAUUCUAGAAUCUUUGGUUUUGCCAUGUUUGUUUUCUAUUGUUGAUAGUGACAAUUCUUGCCAUUUAGUUUACUCAAGCUGAUAUAGUUUUGUGAUUUAGAUCUAUAAUGGCAUUCGUAUAUAUUUGAAAAGGGCAAGUGAUCAGUUGCAACUCUUCGUAAAUGUAUCAUGCUUCCUCUUUGUUUCCA